CUCGUCAGAGGCUCAUAGCACUAGCACAGGCUACAUUACAAGGAGGCAGCUGGUGAAUAGGAUCAGAGUGGUAGAGAGAGAGAAAGGGAGAGAGAGUCAUACCGCUAACACCGGACUAAAACAAAAGAAAGGACGUGAUGGAAUAAAGCAGGACCGCGCAGAGUCGCUCGGCUUCUCACUGUCAUCUGACACCGGCUGAAGGACUUUGUUUUGGCUGAUUUCGCGCUUUGGUGACAGCUAGACAACAAUUCAAAAUGCGCCUGGCAGUUUGAACUGUGAUGGGGAGAGACUCUGCCGUUGUAACGUUGGAUAUUGAUAGCCCUGCUUAUCUCGUGGCCGUCUGUGUCGAUUUCCUCACGUUUAAACUUAACGGACAUGCUGUGUUGAAGUGUUUUGCGAGGAUAUACGCUUAAAAAGAGCGGCUGAAGCCAAUCCGUGUCAGCUAGCUGGCUAGCGGCUGUUAACGUAGCAUUGACAUUAGCCUGCUCCUCAUGGUGGACAUUUAAACACAUCUCAAGUGGAAUUAUCUUGGCAGUUACUGGAAAGUGCUGGUUAUAUGUGGAAAUUACUCGCGUGGAUUAAAGUUCCUUGUGAAAAAGAGCUAUUAAACACGGCGGUUCUCUUAGGCUGUAUUUAUACCUGUGACAGAGACUAUCCUCUCGACAUGAAUCACCACGACCGAUCCGGGGACUCCGCUAGUACCCGAAAAAUGGUUUACCCGGCGAGACGGGAGAGCAGCGGCAUCAACUCGGUGGGUGGUUCCUCCUCAUUGACAGCUUCGGGUAGCACCAGCCUUAACAGCAACAACUUUAUGCUGGGGGAUGAUUACUCACCACCUGUGCUGGUUCAGUCUCAAACACCGGCCACAUCCUCACUUGGGCCUCAGAACCCUCCUCAAAGCCUGAAUAUUCCUUUACAGUCAACCCUGUUACCCCAAACACUGCCCACAGCAGUGACACAGAUGAAGAAGAAAAGUGGCUUUCAGAUCACCAGCGUUACCCCUGCUCAGAUAUCUGUCAGCACCAACAACAGCAUUACAGAAGACACAGAGAGUUGUGAUGACCUGGAUGAGUCCCACACUGAGGAUCUGUCCUCCUCUGAGAUCCUGGAUGUGUCCCUGUCACGGGCUAACAAUGCUGGAGGACCGGAAAGGAGCUCCUCGGAGGAAACGCUCAAUAACUUUCAUGAAGCAGAGACCCCAGGGGCCAUGUCACCCAACCAACCACCCAUCCCUACCCAAGCACAUCCACAUGGCACUAUGGUUAAUGGAACUGUUCACCAUCAUCAUCAUCACCACCAUAACCAUGUGCAACAUCCCAUUCCCUCUGGAAAAGCCCUUCCUGCUGUGGUAGGUGCUGGUGGGACACCGAUCGGAAUACCAUUGGGUGUUACAUUGACAUCAGCUGUGACCUCAAGUUCUGGAGCUUUAGCCAGCACAGGCCAGAAAAUGCCUUCAAAUGUGGUGGAAAUGAUUGAGAAUGCCUCUGUUGGCACAACCAGUGUCAUCUGUCAGCCUUUGGCUACUGUUGCCUCAGGAACUGGAAUGAUCUCUGUGGCUUCAGGUGCCAGUACUGUAACAAGUAAUGUUUGUAUGUUAAAUUCCACCAGCGUGCCUGCUUUGGGUGGCAUCGGCACCAAUAGUAGCACUGUAAAUUACUCCCCUGGUUUGAAUAGUGUUAGUAACCAAAAGUCAAACUUGACACAGAUUCAGAGUGGGUUAAUUGGCGUGGGCUUCACCACGGCCACUGCUGCUACCACUUCAACAGGUGCAGGGCAGGUUGGGCCAGCUGUCAUGGGCCAGCAUGCCGUGCUUGCCCCCUCUGUCCCUCUGGUGAACGCCCAGCCUCAACAGGCCCAAGUGCCUACUCCUGCCUCCACCAGCUCACGUUUCAGAGUGGUUAAAUUGGACUCUACCUCUGAGUCUUUUAAGAAAGGUAGAUGGACGUGCACUGAGUAUUACGACAAGGAGGCCCCUGAGAACGUCCCCAGCACCAGAACAGUGGAAAGCAUCCGCCAGUUUGUGCCUGAGAGUGUGGUGUGCCUGGAGAGAGAGUGUGUUUGUGGGAGCUCUGUCAGCAGCUCGGCCAGCCAUUACACUGAGAGCCUGGGCAGUGGCGAGACGGGUGGCCCCUCAGCUGUGCAGCAGACCUUCCAGCAGCCCCCCUCUCAAAUUCAUGACUACCCAUUUUCUAACAUGUCCAUAUCUCAGAUGCAACCCCAGGAUGUAGUGCAUGCACAUCUUAAGACUAAUGCAGGAGCCCCAAUGCCAGUGAGCAUUCAACAACCGGCAGGGUCACAGACCACUAUUGGGCUUUCGUCUACCGCUAUACCCCCUCAUAUGCCCAAGCUGACAUAUGCCCAGGCAGCACAAUCAUCUCCUGCUCAAGCUCUGCCUGUGGUCACCCAGCAACAGAUGGGUUACCCGCCCACAUCACUGCCAGCUGCACCAGCCCAGGUUGCACCAGCAGGCAGCCUGCCACCUGACUUCCCUCAAUCCAAGCAGAUCAUGAACUCUGUGGCACCUGGACCAUCACAAACUUUACCCCACCUGGCUACUUCCAUCCCACCUGUAGCAGUGUCGGGGAACGCUCAGCUAAUAGCCCCUUCACAGCAACCUGUGGGUACUGUGCAAACCCCUGCUGUUGCUCAGCCACUUCCUCAAGGACUUCUGCAGCCACAACAUGCACCUGCCCCCCAGAUGGUCCAGGUGCCCACUGGCGGUGUCAUGCCACAGCUGGUGCAGUCUGCCGGGACCGGUCUUAUCCAGCAGACCCAGGGGCAGCAACUCACCUCUCAUCCCUCCAUGGAACAGCAAUCACAUCUCAGUGGUCAAGGCCGUGGCCCACAGUUUGUGCCGGCUGUGACUUCCAGCCUGCCCACAUCAAGCGUGCCUCAUAACAUUCAGAAUGAUCCCCAGUCCAGUUUGAUGCAAAACGGCUCAAAAGAGGCAGGGCCGGGGCCCACCAUGAUGCCCACAUCGCUUGAGGAUGCCCAGCUUCUUCUGUUACAGCACCAGGCCCUGCUCAUGCAAUCCAAGCCAGCCGGUGGUGAAUGUGUCUCCCAGACUGGCACCUUGCUUGGUCAAGAGGGAAGCAGUGGAGUCGAUGCCCUUUCAGCCUCGGCCAGUCUGCUGAAGAGCUUACCUGUAGACGGAGAGGAAGAUGGCUCAUCGGGUGCCAGUGUUGUGGCUAUAGACAACAAAAUUGAACAAGCAAUGGAUCUGGUGAAGAGUCACUUGAUGUAUGCGGUUCGGGAGGAAGUGGAGGUGUUGAAAGAACAGAUUAAAGAACUGAUUGAGAGAAAUUCUCAGCUUGAACAGGAAAACAACCUGCUGAAGAACCUGGCCAGUCCGGAGCAACUUGCACAGUUCCAGGCACAAGUUCAAAACGGUUCGCCGCCUUCGUCCACGCAAGGAGUGCAGCCGCCUGCACCGUCGGCCCAACUCGCAGCACAAAACUCCGGACCAUCAGCAUAGCAUGGAAUGAGAUUCCUGUUAAGGGCAAUGAGUGGCUUCAAAGCGAAGCUUACAAGCAAACAUGCCUCACUCACAUGUAGACUGACAAAAUUUGCACACCUUUCAAAACUUGACACACCAAUGACAAUCCAGUUGGCCGUUGACCAAUAUUGGACGUUGCCAAAAACCCUUGGGACUGCAAUUGUCAGGUGGAAGUGAAUAAUCUGAGAGGACACAACAUAAAGAAUCACUGUGCCUGUGUCUAAAAGUAAUGUUGUUUUUUAUUAAGGCUGUUAAGGCUGCUUUCAAUGUCUCGCUUACCUUUGUAAUGUAAAUGCUGACUGUGGUCUUUUCAGACUGCGAGUUUAUAAUAAAGCAAGCACUUUUAUGGUGACGAAUGUGAUGAAACUUUGAACAUCUGCCAAUCUGUGCCCCCAUCUGGCAUAGGGAAGGUAGAUGCGAUGACGACUUAAUAGUUGCAUUGGCAUAAUCAAGAAACUUUGAAGAAAAAUGAGGAGGAAUGAUCCAAUGUCCUAAUUCGUUUUCUUGCAAAUUCCUGGCUGCUUAUUGCGCAAGAAUUACGGAUAAGAAGUGAGCUGGAUUUCGAGGUGGGCAGGCUGAUGUAUAUUGUUGUAAGUAUUUUGUAAAAUAGCGACAUCAUGUGAAGCGUUUUCAGAGACACCAUAUAGGUUGUACAGACUUAAAGGGUAGAAGAGGUAGUUGUCUUGCUGAGAGACAACCCUUUUUUUUUUCUUUUUUUUUUUAAUGGUGUUAAAACAGGAUCAGUCUUGUGAUAGUUAU